AUGCUGAGGAUGAAGCUGCCGCUGAAGCCCACGCUGCACCCCGCCGAGCCGCCGCCCGACGCCGACGAGCCCGAGGCGGACGCGCGGCCCGGCGCGAAGGCACCCCCGCCUCGCCGGCGCCGGGACUGCCGCCCUCCGCCGCCGGCCUCGUCGCCGCGGGCCCCCCAUCCGUCGCCGCCGCCCUCCUCGUCCUCGCCGGCGUCGUCUCGGCCGCCUGUUGCUGGCGGGCCGGCGGCGGGACUGGGCGGGGGCCCGGCGGCGGCGGCGGCGCUGCGCGAGCAGGAGCGCGUGUACGAGUGGUUCGCGCUGGUUCUGGGCUCGGCGCAGCGCCUGGAGUUCAUGUGCGGGCUCCUGGAUCUGUGCAACCCGCUGGAGCUGCGCUUCCUCGGCUCGUGCCUGGAGGACCUGGCCCGGAAGGACUACCACUACCUGCGGGACUCGGAGGCCAAGGCCAACGGUCUGUCGGACCCGGGCCCUCUGCUGGACUUCCGCGAACCGGCCGUGCGCUCGAGACUCAUCGUCUACCUGGCGCUGCUGGGCUCCGAGAACCGCGAGGCCGCCGGACGCCUGCAUCGUCUCCUGCCCCAGGUGGACACGGUGCUCAAGAGCCUACGAGCGACCCCGGUGGACGGGGACGAUCCGGCCGGUGCUGUGGAAGGCGAUGGAGAGCUGCUGCGGGACGCCGACAAGAUCGCCUCUCCCAGCCCGCAAGGCGGCGCCCAGCUCGGCCUGGGCUCCAGGGCGCGGGAGGAACUGCUGCUACUCUUCACCAUGGCCUCGCUGCACCCGGCUUUCUCCUUCCACCAGCGGGUCACCCUGAGGGAGCACCUGGACACGCUCCGCAGCGCGCUCCGAGGGGACCCCGAGGACCAGGACGCGGAGCCCUGCCCCUUCGGGAACUGCAGCACCCAGAACGACUCUGCUUGUGGCGACUACUUGCAAAGGACCGACAGCGGUGCAGCAGAGCCGGCCUCAGCGCCUCCAGAUGGGCUUCCCGCAGCCCCCCACAGAACGCAGAGAGAAGCUGUACACAUUGAGAAGAUAAUGUUGAAAGGAGUCCAGAGAAAAAGGGCUGACAAAUAUUGGGAGUACACUUUCAAAGUAAAUUGGUCUGAUCUUUCAGUCACAACAGUAACAAAAACUCACCAAGAGCUACAGGAAUUUCUACUGAAGCUUCCAAAGGAAUUAUCUUCAGAGACUUUUGACAAGGCCAUCUUAAGAGCCCUGAAUCAGGGUUCCUUGAAAAGGGAGGAGCGGCGACACCCCGACCUGGAGCCCGUCCUAAGGCAGCUAUUUUCCACUUCAUCGCAAGCUUUCCUGCAGAGCCAGAAGGUGCACAGCUUCUUCAGGUCCGUGUCCUCAGAGUCUCUGCACAGUCUCCAUACCUUACAAUCCUCUCUGAAGACGGCGAAGAUGUUAGAACACUUAAAAGAAGACAGCUCUGAGGCUUCCAGUCAGGAGGAAGAUGUGUUACAGCAAACCGUAAUCCACAAGAAGCAUGCUGGGAAAAGUCCCAUUGCGAACAGUAUUGGCACAAGCUGUUCACCACUGGCUGGACUGAGCAUGCAGUACUCGGAGCAGAAUGGAGUUGUGGAUUGGAGGAAGCAGAGCUGCUCCAGCACUCAGCACCCGGAGCACUGUGUGACCGCGGCCGACCAGCAUUCUGCUGAAAAACGAAGCUUAUCUUCAGUGAAUAAGAAGAAAGGAAAGCCACAGAUAGACAAGGAGAAAACCAAGAAGAGCGACAGCAGACUGAGCAGUAGAAUGAAUGGACUUCGGCUGCCCCCUCCUCAGCAUGCCCGCGGCGGGGCCGCGAAAGAUGUGAAUCUGGACGCUGGCUCUGGACAUGACACGUGUGGAGACACCUCUUCAGAGAGCUCCAGCUCUCCGUCCAGCCCCAGGCACGACGGAGGAGAAAGUUUGGAAAGUGAAGAGGAGAAGGACAGAGAUACAGACAGCAACUCUGAGGACUCUGGGAAUCCAGCCACAGCCAGGUUCACUGGGUACGGCUCUGUCAGCCAGACUGUCAAACCGCCCGUUCCGGUGGCUUCGCUAGGAAAUGAGAACGGAACCCUUUCAGAAGAUCCCCUGAGCUCCCCUAAGUACCCGCACAUUCCUUUCCUGCCAGCUGUCCACUGUGUCAUGCACAAUGGUGCCCAGAAGUCAGAAGUUGUUGUUCAGACGCCCAAAUCUGCAGAGGGCAAAACAUUAGGGAUGCUUGUUCCAGGUCCCGUUGCUAUUUCUGCAAUAAGGGAGUCCGCGAAUGCGACCCCGGUGGGAAUCCUGGGGCCCACAGCUUCUACUGGGGACUCCGAAAAACACCUGGAAUUGCUCGCCUCCCCUCUGCCUCUUCCGUCGACCUUCCUUCCGCACAACAGUGCGCCUGCGCUGCAACUAACGCUGCAGAGGCUGAAGCUGCCACAGGGCUCCUCUGACAGCUGCACAGUGAACAUCCCCCAGCCCCCCGCCGGAAGUCUGAGCAUUGGAUCACCAAGCACUGCCUUUAUUCCCGUCCAUAGCCCGGGUAGUUUCCCAGGAUCUCCUGUGGCUGCCUCGGACCCCAUUGCAAAAUCUGCUUCCCAAGUGGUAGGACUAAAUCAAAUGGUGCCUCAGAUCGAGGGAAACCCGGGGCCGGUCCCUCAGCCUAGCAGUGUGAAGGUCGUUCUUCCAGCAGCUGGCCUCUCCGCUGCGCAGCCACCAGCUCCCUACACCUUCCCCGGCCCGCCCCUUGCCGCCAGCGUGUUACCUACCCAGAAUUCCGGUGUGCUCAGCACAGCAGCCACUUCUGCCCAGCCCGUAAGUGCGGGCAUCAGUCAGGCCCCGUCCGCCGCUCCUCCCGCGGUCCCCACCCACACCCCGGGCCCCGCCCCCAGCCCGAGCCCCGCGCUGACGCACAGCACGGCGCAGAGUGACGGCGCCUCGUACAUCAGCGCCGGGGGCAGCACGAACGCUAACGGCACCGCCGCGCCCCCACAGCAGCUGGGCUCGGGCCCCUGUGGUUCUUGUGGGCGAAGGUGCAGCUGUGGGACCAAUGGAAACCUGCAGCUCAGUAGCUACUAUUACCCCAGUCCAAUGCCUGGCCCAGUGUACCGAGUCCCACCGUUCUUCACCCUGCCGUCCAUGUGUAAUGGCAGCUACCUCAACCAAGCACAUCAGAGCAAUGGAAACCAACUUCCUUUCUUUCUGCCUCAGACUCCAUAUGCAAAUGGUCUGGUGCACGACCCAGUCAUGGGGAGCCAAGCCAACUAUGGCAUGCAGCAGAUGGCAGGAUUUGGGAGAUUGUAUCCCGUCUAUCCAGCACCUAAUGUAGUUGCCAAUACCAGUGGUUCGGGGCCCAAGAAGAAUGGGAGCGUCUCAUGUUACAAUUGUGGUGUGAGCGGACACUACGCCCAGGACUGUAAGCAGUCGUCCCUGGAGGCCAGUCAACAAGGCACUUACAGACUGAGAUACGCGCCUCCCCUCCCCCCUCCUAAUGACACGUUGGAUCCUGCAGACUGAACCGAGUAAAGCUUGCCUACUUAAUGCACUCGAGUGUGGGGAGUCAUGGGGUGUGGAGGGAGGAAAGGAAAGGUAUUUUGUUUGUUCCUGUGUCUCUGCAUUUCCUAGAUUUCUAUGCAUUUGGGAGAUUCCAUUUCUCUUGUACCAAUGUCCAACAUGAGAAAGAGUGCAGCGCUUGAGCCUGUCUCCUGGGGCAGCUGUGGGCGUGCGUGCGUGUGUUGUGACCCAUGCAACUUAGACUGCAGACAAACUAUCAAAAGAAUGGUGAUGCGUGCUUUUUUUUACACUGAAUCCUUGCUGUGUGCAAUGUUUACUGAUCUUUAAACUGUGUAUUUGACCUUUUGUACGACACUGGUGACAGUCAUGUGGUUUUGAGAAAAGACUGCUGCUUCUGGCCUUCUCCCUCUCACCCGCACCUGCCCUUCUCCCCAGCCCCUCUCCCUGCUGCGGCCGCCGGCCUUCCGCACUCGGCUCUGCGUCCACCUGGGGUGUGUAUAUGUAACAAGCAGCACCACAUACAUACAUACAUGCAGCACGUGUCAAGUAGACAUGGAAGUGAGUGGGGGAGAGGAGGAAGUCAGACCUUCCCUGAAGCUAAAAACAAGACUAUGAAAUGGACAGCUUCUCCUUAAGAGGAGACCGCUCUCCUUCCUCACCCUCUGAGGACCGUUGCUGCGACGGCGAGCGAUGCCGCUGCGACGGCGUCCCUGUGCUCGUGUGUGGGGGGCCGAGGCGGCCCGCCUCACUGUCCUGCUCAGACUGUACUUGAGUCAAGACGUCAUCUUUUGCUCUACCAACUGUUACAGUGUUCUGUCAUGUUAAAGAUGUGUGUGCGCUUUUUUGCAAUCUGAACAGAAGCCAUGGGUUUCUACAGAAGUCAGGUAUUUGUUCCCUAGAGCGUCUCUUGUGAGCAAAGUCACCUUUGUAACCGGUUCCCGCCAGCGUGAUUCUAAUGUGAAGACUGAGUUCUGGGGUGUGGCGUGUGUGAAUCAUGGCCGUGUCCUGUCACCAUGUAGGUUCUGCGCUGCUGUUUGAAACAAACUUUUUAAAAGCCAAUCUAUGUACUGAGUUGCUUCCAGGUACUUUUUGAUUCCUAAAGUGCACUGAGGUUACCUGGAAGAUACGGGGUGUCUUCGUUGGGGACUGCUGUAGCCAGCAGUGAUGAACAGUGACCACCAUCUGGUCCUAAGGGUCAGGCAAGAGGGUCCCCCCACAGAGCACAAGUGACUGGGCUUGUUGUGGGGAAUGUUGAGUGCAGCGGAGAGCUUCGGGGUUCCAGAAGCUUAAGAUCACGAGACAAAAGGAAAAACUUGAAGAAAAAAGAAGCGAAGUCUAAUGCUUCGGAAGUAGCAUUUAUAUUUAUAGCACCAACGUACAUUUUGAAACUUUCAGGGGUAGGAGUUAUGGGAAAAGAAGGGGCUGUGCGGGGGUAGAUGAAAGCUUUAAUUUAGAAAGAACAAAGUUCAAGUAAAGGAAAUUAUUUUGAUUAAAUAUCUUAUUUGAUCUGGGUAUUUUUGGACCACGUGAUCAGAUGAAUGGCUAAGCUGCAGUCGAGCUCAGGUGGGGCGUUGUGAGCCGCACUCAGAUGCGCUGUGAGCCACUUGCGGGUUCUUCGUGGAGCUUAUUUUAUGAUUUAAGAUACUGUACUGUACACAGGAGGUGCGCUACCUUCUCCUUAUUUGUAUGUUUACCAUAUACUUGGAUAUUUGAAACGUUAUGUACUGGAAAGGCCACUUAUAUUUCUAGAACAGAUUGGAUUUUAUGCAACUUUUUCCUUGAAUUAACAGCAAUAAAAAAUGGAAAAACAUUAA